AUGUCUUCUUCUCCAGGAGCAGCCAGCUUCAGCACUCUAUCGAGCUACGCCUCCUCUGCACCCGAUCGUCAAGAGAGCCACGCCGGCAACUUUCCACUUCCCGUAACGGCCACGGCCCCAACUACCACGACUGGAACUACACAUCUCUCACCGUCAUCAGCAACAUCCAACUCAAAAUACGUACAAACUCCCUCUUCCGCCAACGCUGCCAACGCUGCCAACGCCAACGCCUCCAACCCACCCAACAACUCCAGCAAUUCCAUCACCCCGAACCACACCCCCGACGCCCGUGACACCCCCAACCACCACCUCCAUCUCCGUCCUCGCACAGCAACCCUCAACUACAAACUCCUCCCCCACCUCGAAACGGGUCUCCACACCAACAGCCUCGACGACCACAUCUGUCAGUUACAUUACCGAGACACGAUCUACAACCAUCCCAUUCAAGAAUUCUUCUCCUCCGUCUCUUCUUCUUCAUUUUCUUCCAUGUACCACCCCUCCUCCUCCUCCUCCUCCCUCCUCCAACAACAACAACUACGAUUACACAGAUGA